UGGUGUAACUGACGAUAAUCAAACGGAAAAUAAUAGAAUUUUUAAAAGUGAAUUACUAGAAUAUAAUGAUUUUGAAGAACAAGAACCUGAAGAUGAUAAUCGAAAUUUAAGAAAUUUAGUUGCAGUUAACAAUCAUAAUAAAGCAGAUAUUAUAAAGCAAGUUAUAAUUUUAAAAAAGUUGGAAAUAUGUGAUUGUAUUAUUCACUAUUUUGGUUUAACUUCGUAUGAUGAUAAAUUUUAUUUGGUGAUUGAAUGGGCCGAAUAUGGAAAUUUACGCCAAAAUAACUUUAAAGCAAGUCGAGUAAUUACUGAUAGUACAACAAACCAAGAUGCAACCCUCGAAGUUGUACGUUAUAGUUCCCCAGAAACCUUAGAAAAAAAGUCAAAAUACGAUACCAGAUGUGAAGUUUAUAGUUUUGGUAUACUACUUUGGGAAAUUGCCGAAGAAAAAAUUCCUUUCCUUAUGAGAGUUAUUGUGAAAUCCUCGUUAUUAUUAAGCUUGUUUGCAACGAAAGCCGUUCAACACGAUCAAAAUUUAAGGCCCCAAUUUUCAAAGAUCUUUACCAGACUACAAGAACUAUAUAAGAAAGAUGGUGGAUAUUCACCGUUGCAUAGUCCCAAUUUGACGCCAAUAAAUAAUGAAACUCUUGCAAAUGAUAUAAAUUUCAACGAAUAUAGAUUGAUGUCAGUAGAUGAAGCGAUAAAACAACAUAAACUGUCGAAUGGCAAUUGCGAGCUAGCUUAUAAGUGUUUUGAAGCAAAUGCAAAAUUAAACGAUAUGAAAGCAAAAUACUUUAAAGCAUAUUAUAUUCAACAAAGUUUGGUUAAACUUGAUAUGGAUCAAGCAAUAAAAGACAAAUUAGUGGCAGAUUUAUAUAAGGAAGUAGCGGAUUUUGGUGAUUCUGAAGCACAAUUACGAUACAGUAACUGUUUACUUAAAGGUAUAGGAGUUAAAAAGGAUUUGCAAGCAGCUGCAGAAUAUUAUACCAAAGCCGCCGAAAAUGGCCAAGUUAUUGAUAACGGAGAUUAUCUCCUUAUAAUGCAAUAUGCUAACAAUGGUGAUCUUAAAAAUUAUCUUGAAAAGAAUUAUAUAAAUUUAACAUGGAAAGAUAAAAAGAAGUUGGCAUUUCAAAUUGAUGAUGUAUUAAACUAUUUACAUAAUGAAAAUAUUUUGCAUAGGGAUCUUCAUUCUAAGAAUAUAGUAAUUCAUGAUGAUAAUGCUAAAAUCACGGACUUUGGUAUUUCAAAACAUAUGAAUGCUCAAAAUACUACUAUUCAUAUCGGAAUUUUUGGUAGAAUUCCAUAUGUUGAUCCAAACAAACUUAAUGAUUUAAAGUUUCAAUAUGAAAAGGUUUCAGAUAUUUACAGUUUUGGUGUAUUAAUGUGGGAAAUUUCCAGUGGAGUUCUUCCAUUUAAAGAUUUUAUUAGUAUAAGUGAUCAGGAGUUGCUUAUUAUUAAGAUUAUUAAUGGAUAUCAUGAAAAAAGUAAGAAUAAACUAAGUAAUAAUGUAACUAUUAAUUAUGAUUCCAAACUUGAUUGUUUAGAUAUUGGUAGUCAAUAUAAUUUGGGAUAUUGUUAUCGAUUUGGUAUAGGAGUUGAAAAAGAUGAGAUAAAAGCAAAUGAAUGGUAUAUAAAUUCUGGUACUAAAAAAAUAUAUAGAUUUGGUGAUUCUUACCAAUUUGGUAUUGGAAACAAAGAUGAUGAUCAAAAAGAAUAUAAGUGGUAUAUUGAAAAUACUAAAGAUCAAUAUAAAGUUUUAUUUGCUAAUUUAUUCAUAUCUUUAAAAAAAAAGCUUAGUAAUUCAAAACAUGAAGAUAUUAUAACUAUUAUUGAUGAUUUAUCUCAGAACCUUCACAUUGGUGAUAACGUUUCUGAUGUAAAUCAAAUUUCCUCAGAGACGAGAUUGGCUGUCAGUGUGACAGAAACUGACUCAAAAAUAAUUAGUACCGAUAAUAAUGGUGGAAAACAUAUAAAAUCAAUAUUAGAGGAGGAUUCGUUAUUUACCAGUGUAAUAGGAACCACCGAGAUAGAACCAUUUGCUGUAUUUUUACCACUUAUAACGGAGGUAACACAAGUAUUUAAUGAAAUAAUAAAAAUAUAUCAAACAGCUGAACAUAAUAAAAAAAUAUGUGGGAUAUUUUUGGAUAGAGUUCAAAUAGCUGAUACUGCCGUAAGGAAUUUAAAAAAUCGUAGAGAUGAAAAUGUAGAAUUUUUCACAACUAAUAAUCUGCUUCAUUUACAAGAAUUAGUUAACGUUAUUAGUAAAAUUUGCAAGUUUGUUGGAGAAAUUUCUCAAUUAACAAGUUUAUCAAAGUAUAUUCAAGCUAAAAAUAUUGAAAAUAGUGUUAAAGAAUUAAGUAGCGAAUUUGAUUCCACUAUAAUAGCAAUACAAUUUUCUUUGUCAGUCGACUUUAGUAUUAAUUCAUAUAAAACAGCUAAGGAACAUGAAGCUAUUCUGUCUGAUAUUAAAGAGUUAUCUCAGUAUCUUACACAUAUAGGCAGUGGUAUUACUGAUGAGAAUCAAAACGUUUCGGAAGAAGUCGUAUUAUUAAGUGCACUUAACAAAAUUAUGACGGAAGCUAAAUCAGCAGAUACUGGUAUUUUUAUAAGUGAAUUACUCGAUUAUUAUGACUUUAAAGAAGAAAAACUUGAAGAUUACCGAAGCCAAACAAAAGUUAAAAAAUUUAAAAGAAAAAAUUCAUUUAAUGAUUUUGUUGCAUUAAAGUUGGUUGCUGAUAAAAAUAGCAGUAAAGGUGAUAAAGACAACUUUAAAAAACAUGUUACAAUUUUAAAAAAAUUGAAACCAUGUGAUUGCAUUAUUCAAUAUUUUGGUUUAACUUCGUAUGAUGAUAAAUUAUAUUUGGUGACUGGAUGGGCCGAGUAUGGUAACUUACGUGAAUAUUAUCGAAACUAUAAACUUGAUAUUAAGUUGAAAUUAAGAUUUGCUCUUGACAUUGCCAAAGGAUUAAAUUUUUUGAACGCUGUAAAGGUAGUUCAUCGUGAUAUCCGAGCUGAGAACAUUCUAAUCACCGAUCGUGAGUCGGCCAGGAUUGCAAAUUUUAGAGAUAGUCGCGCAAUUACUGAUAGUACAAAGAAUCAAGGCGCAACAUUAGAAUCUGUACGGUAUUGCGCUCCUGAAAAGUUGGAUAAAGGGCCGAGAUAUAAAUAUGAUACCAAAUGUGAAGUUUAUAGUUUUGGCAUACUGCUUUGGGAAAUCGGCGAAGGGAAAAUUCCUUAUCAAAAAGUUGGUAAUGAUAUAAUUGCAAUUACCGAACUUGUUUGCAUCAAAAAAUAUCGUGAGCCAUUUUCUCUCGUUUCUCAAUUACCAGAGGAAUAUCAAGAACUUGCAAAAAAAGCUGUUCAUCCUGACCAUAACUUUAGACCUCAAUUUUCAAAGAUCUUUACUAUAUUACAAGAUCUUCAUCAGAAAGUUGAUAUUCUACAUCCAUCACCAAAACGCGCGCCGGAAAGUGAGAAAACUAUCUCAAAAGAUAAAAGUUCGAUUAUAAAUUCGGCAGCGUUCAAUUAUAUGUCAGUAGAUGAAGCAGUGAAAAAUAAAAGCGAUCGCGAGUUAUCUUAUAAAUGUUUUGAAGCAUAUGCUAAAUUAAACGACAAAAAAGCAAAAUACUAUAAAGCUUAUUUUAUUCAACAAAAUUAUGUUAAACUAGAUGUGGAACAAACAACCAAAGACAAAUUAAUUGCAGAUUUGUAUAAAGAAUCGGCGGAUUUGGGCUACCCUGAAGCACAAUUACGUUAUGGUUAUUGUUUAUUUAAAGGUAAUGGAGCUGAGAAGGAUUUAAAAAAAGCUGCCGAAUAUUUUACUAAAUCCGCCGAAAAUGGCCAAGCUGUCGGUAUGUUUAAUGCUGCUACUUUAUAUCUCUCGGAUGAUGCUGAUAUAAGAGAUGAAGUAUUAGGUAAAAAAUAUAUGAGAUUAGCUGUUUAUAAACAGCAUAAGGAAGCUGCUGAAUAUUGUAAGAAACAUAAUAUUCCUUUGUAG